GGAACGAUAAGAUGGCGGACAAGAAGCACAAAAAAAGACGUAAAGAAAGGAAGAAAGAUAACGAUAAGGAUGAGACAGAGCUCUACAAACAUUAUGAAACAUUUUAUGAAGCAGCGCCCCCCGGAUUUGUAAGGGUUGAGGAAGCAAAACCUGAGGAUUGUAUUCCAGAUCUUCCAGAGAAUGAAAAGGCACGAGAUUUUUUGUCAAAAGCACCAACAAAAGGAUUAUGGAUGCCUCUUGGAAAGGAGGUGAAAGUCAUGAAAUGUUGGAGAUGCAAGUCGUAUGGCCAUAGGACUGGAGAUAAGGAAUGUCCAAUGUUUGUGUCUGGAAAUCGAACUAGUGAAAAAUUUAGAAUGGCACACGAAGACCCAAUGCAUGAUUUCAUUGUGGAGAAAAAGAAAACUGAAAAAGAACAGAGGAUUGAGCAACUUAAGGCUUUGCUGGAAGAAUCAACAACAUCAGAAAGCGAUUCAAGCUCUUCCGAUUCUUCUACAAAUUCCAGUGAAAGCGAGAGGAGGAGGAAGAAAAAGAGAAAACAUUCAAAGCAACAUAAGAGAAAAAAUAAAAAGACUAAAUACCACUCUAAGGAGUCUGACAGUGUUAGUAGGAAAAAUAAAAGUAGACACAAUCUCCCAGAACAUCGAAAGAAGGAAAGAAGGGAAAGAUAGAAAAUUUUUGAUAGUUUUAUAAAGAAGGGAUCGGGUUGAUGUGCAUGGAUUAAAAUACUAUCCAAGAUAAUCUCUUUGUAUCAUUGUCAAGGCUGUCUUGAAAGCAAAAUUUAACAAAGAGAUUUUAAUAAAUAUUUUGUGGAGAGGGCAUACUUUUGAAAUGCCCAUCGACCGCCAGACCGCAA